AUGAAUUUUUCUCUCAUGUUUUGUUUGAUCGUCACUGCAGCUUUCACAACCGCGGAAAACUUUAGAUAUGCGUACAUGGUGAAUAAGGAAAAUAGGCGCUUAGCAAGACAAGCAGUCAAGAAAAUCGAUUCACCCAGUCUGUUGUCAUGCAGUCAGGCAUGUUUAAGACAUUCCUGGUGUACGUCUACUAACUUCAGAGAGUCCUUUGGGAAGCGAUUGGGUACUGGCUAUUGUGAACUGCAUAAGUAUGUGUUUUUAACGAUUCACGAUGACACCGCAGUCUUACUGAUCAACCUGGCUCCACUUUUUCAAUGUUUCUUAAGGUAGGACAACAGUUUACUAUCUGCUUUUAAGUAACAUGAAAGAGCCCAGUUUAAUUUAGCUGAUUCUAAUAUUUAAUAUAUCAUCAGUCCUGUGUAAAAUAUUUGGCAAUGAAAGAUUUCGCUAAAAUUUUGCUUAAAAACAUUCAAGAAAUACUAAAAAAAAAACGUUAAAAAAGAUGAAGACGUUUCGACUUCUCGGACGCGGACCUCAUUGUAACGUCGUCUUAUUUUAAAGGUUUUUUUAAUAUUUCUUAAAAAUGUUUUUAAACAAAAUAUUAUGGACAUUUUUUAUUGCAGCUAAAGCAUUUUCUUUUGCUAUAGCAGAAGCGGGCGUAGAAGGAAGCUGGGAAAAAAAGGACGAAAGGCAGCAGCUGUUAGUGGGUACAGGUUUUAGCAUAUCGCGGUAAAGUGUAUAUGUAUGUAUUUUCUUCAGGGCUGUCUAA